AUGCAUCAGGGUGAGGAUGCGGCGGCUAGCGACGUGGUGAAGGCAGAACCGGACACAGGGUCGCCCUCUGCCGCCGCCCCUGCCUCCUCACUUCCUGAUGCCUCUACACCCAUAGAUCCGUAUGCUAUCCUCUCGGAAAUCCUUGCGGAAGGAGAAGAAGUUGCGCCAUUGCAGAAGCCUCCGGCGGUGACAACGACCUAUCAAUCGCAGAAAGAAAAAAAAUUCCUCAAGACGAAACACAAGCAGCUCCAGAAGAGUGUGAAACAACUGGGAAGCCGAUUGACUCAAGCAAAGCAAGAGCUGAAGAAAGCUAAGAUGGAGAUAGCCUUCCUCGAGGCAAAGCGACGGAGUCUCCUGGCCAAUGGUAAAUGA